AUGGCAAAUUGCUUGUCGUCUAGACAAGACUUGUCUAGACGACCUUAUCCUAAAGGUGCGUUUACGUAUUGUUGGGGUAAAAAAGAGGAAAUGGUGAAGUUGUGUAGGCGAGUUGAGGUGAUAGGAUUUAUGGGUGGAUUCACGAAACGGCGGGUAGAAAGUAGAAAAUGAGAAAUGAGGCAUGUUUCAUGCAUGCGUGUCUGUUUUCUGUAGACGGUUGAGGGCCAGUCCUAACAAAGGACUUUUUUCUCGUUUUUCCUUUCCCUCGCCCCGUUUUUAUUGAGUUCUUCACUAAAAUCGGAAGCACAUUGCUGUAGUUUUUACUGUAAUGCCAUCCCAAAGUUCCACUCCUCGGAAAUGGAACAGAGUCUGGACGGUCUGCAGAUCCAUGCAGCAUGGAAGGUACAGCAA